AUGGCUCUUGCCAGGUCUGCGCUAUCAUGUACUGCGCUUUUGGGAUGGCUGGCCCGGGGCAUCAUGGAUCCGGAUGAGCAGGAGAAGAGGCUGGCAUGGAAGUACCUCGAUUGUUCCAACCUGGUCGACGAGCGCGACCGGCGCGUCGACUGGCCGUGGUUCCGCCAGCACUUGCUGCAGACUCCGUACCCAGACAACAUGGAUGCAGUUUUCACCGUGUUGAACAAUAUGGGUACGGGCAGCAGCAAUCACUACGACGAGGAGGCACGCGUGUGCCUCAUGGGCGUGCCGGCUGCAUUUUUCUAUCUCACCCGCUUCACGCUGGACACGAUGGAGAGGGACGCAGAUGGCCGUGCCGUUGAUGCAGAGACCGUCAAGAAGGCGACACUGCAGUAUUCGGUUUUUGAGAACUACAUCUCGGCCCUCCAUCCAGGCCUCAUCAACGCGGGUAAUUGGUCCUUCAACGAUCAGCAGGUCUUCCUUCUGAGAAAGCAGAUCUUGCGGGCGUACCGAGAGCUGGAGGCGCGAAGUCUUCGAGAAGAUCCGGCGGCCUCGCCACCGCCCUUCAAAGUCUUCGUCUACGAUGAGGAGCAAGUGCCGCAGCUGAAGCCCGUCCUGCAGAGCCAGAUCUACUGCAGCCGAGGACAAUGGGGCACGGAUGUGCAGCUCCACGACUUUUUCGUUACGUCCAACAUCCAAACAGAUGACCCCGCGGAGGCGGACUUCUUCUUCGUUCCCGGCUAUGCCAUUUGUGUGCUGGAAGGCAAUCUUUACAGCUUGGACGAGGUGGAUGAGCUCUACAAGGAGCUUGUGGUGGCUUUACCGUACUUCAAUGCUUCAGGUGGCCGAGACCACAUCUUUGUCUUCGGCUCUGGAAUGGCUCAGAGCGUGUUCCAGUCCUGGGAGGAGUAUAUUCCACAGGCUAUCGUACUCACGCCCGAGACAGAGCUCUUCAACGACUUCGCUUGGGUUGCCAUACCGCCUUACAGACCUUUCAAGGAUGUAGUGAUCCCGGGGAGUUUGGACUUGAUCGAGGUGAUCAAGGCCCUCGAGAAGUCGAAACCCCUGCGAGAGCGGCGCUACCUAACGGCCUUCUUCGGCCGUGCCGACAUUGCUCGCGGGCCCCAUCCUUGGGUAGGCGGCGUGGAUGUCCGCAAGGAGUUGAUAGCUCUUCAGGAGCUGCCAGGUGCCCCUGCAGCGGCACGGGGUGAUGCAGAGGAUCCUGCUGUAGCGACCAUGAAAGUCAGGCUCAUGAAGUCUGGGCCACGGCUUUGUAUGCGACACGCAUCACUGGGUUGCACGAUGGCCAUUGCCUGUAGCUUGCUGGGCGUUGGCUGUGGCUCUUGGUACCUUCUCGGGUCAGAGAGGCAGGGGAUGCAUCCAGCGAGGGAGAGCUUCCCGCCUGGGUCCUUCACCCGGCUGCCAAGACUAAGCGCGCAGGCAGGAUCCUCCACCUGGGUCUGCGAAGGCAAGCUCCCGCAGUGGCAGGACAAAACCCUUCACCUGCGCGGUGGCAGCUACUACAUGGCUGCCGUGGACAGAGCUGCGACCGCCAGCAUCGCUGGCCGCUUCGCCGCCGACUGCGAGGUGAUACAGCUGCAAAGCAACAGCGCCACCUCGCUCGGUGUCGAGGCCAGCAACGAGGUAACCUGUCUGCGUGUUGCCGAUCUUUGCCCGCCCGAUGCGGUUGAGGGCGGUGUCGUGACGGUCGAGCUCAUGCCGGGAUUUGGAUUGCUGGACCUCUACGGACAGCCAGGUCUCUACCACGUGCAGGACCAGUCAGGGCUUCGCUCCGUGGAGCAAGCACGAGGUGGCAAGUACAGCGCGACUGACUUCUUCUCCGGCCGUAAAGACCGAAUCGCGCGCUCUCUUGAUGCCUUGCUGGAGGUUCCCGACACCGAACAGCCCAAGCGGUUUCAGGUCUUGGUCAAUGAUGGUGUCGCAACCAUAGCGGAAGCUGGACAGGUCUUGCAGCUUGGGGACAGCACGGCAGGCACGGGGGGCCUUGUCUCAGUGAUUGCUCAGCUGCUGGACUCCCGGAGCGAAGCCCACGCCCUGCUGCCGAUGGUUCUGCGAGCACAAUGCGCCGGAGGCCCAUCACUGAGGGUGGCGGCGACGGAGCUUCGUGAGGUGCUCGCUCGCCACACCAGCAGCCGGCAGAUCUCGGAACAGGACAUCACCACAUCUCUUCAGCGAGGGUUCUGGUCUCUCCCUCCGGAUCAAAGCGGGCUCCACCUGCGUGAGCGGGAGGCAGAGCGCCUGCUCGAGCGGGCUCGGCGAGAGCUCUGGGCGGAGGGCAGCGCCUCGCGGAAGGAGCUGGAAAUGCAGAUCGAGAAGUUUCUCUGCCUGCACCAGGUGGGAUCAGCUGCCUGCGCAGCCAGAUUGAGGUUCAGCUUUGCUCGCCCUGCAGCGACAGCGACCGCGCAGGAGACUCUGUCAUCGCAUGGCUUCUCACCAUCGCCUGGAUUGCCUGGACUUUGGUGGCGUCUGCAGCUCGCGCCUCUGGAGCUGCCAGAGUUGUAG